AUGCCGGGUCUCACCGGCAAUAAAUCCCGCGGGAAGGAGCUCGACCAGCCCUUGGACAAAGCCAGCCCGAGGGCGGCGGUGGCGGCCGAGCUGGCCAACAUGGAGCAGCAGAACAACAACGGCCCCUGGGAGGCCGCCGAGGCGCGGGGCUGGGACGACGCCGCGGCCACCGCCAAGCUCUUCGAGUGCUCCCGCAUCAAGGCCUUGGCCGACGAGAGGGACGCGGUGCAGAAGAAGACUUUCACCAAAUGGGUGAAUUCCCACCUCGCCCGCGUCUCCUGCCGCAUCGGGGACCUCUACGCCGACCUCCGCGAUGGCUACGUCCUCACCCGGCUGCUGGAGGUGCUCUCCGGGGAGCAGCUGCCCAAACCGACGCGGGGCCGGAUGCGGAUCCACUCCUUGGAGAACGUGGACAAGGCGCUGCAGUUCCUCAAGGAGCAACGGGUGCACCUGGAGAACGUGGGCUCCCACGACAUCGUGGACGGCAACCACCGCCUCACCCUCGGCCUCAUCUGGACCAUCAUCCUCCGCUUCCAGGUAGGACAGGGUGGAUGGGGGGCACCCUCCGCUCAGCACCCAAUGGCUCGGCCGGACCUCAUCGACUUCCACAAGUUGACCAAGUCCAACGCGACCUACAACCUUCAACAAGCCUUCAACACGGCCGAGCAGCAGCUAGGGCUCAGCAAACUGCUGGACCCCGAGGACGUCAACAUGGAGGACCCCGAUGAGAAGUCCAUCAUCACCUAUGUGGUGUCCUUCUACCACUACUUCUCCAAGAUGAAGGCGCUGGCUGUGGAGGGGAAGCGCAUCGGGAAGGUUCUGGAUCAGGCCAUGGAGAUCGAGGCCAUCAUCGAGCGGUACGAGGCGCUGGCGGCCGAGCUGCUGGCCUGGAUCCAGCACACCAUCACCAUCAUCAGCAACCAGAAGUUCGCCAACUCCUUGACCGGGGUGCAGCAGCAGCUCCAAGCCUUCACCGCCUUCUGCACCCUGGAGAAGCCCGUCAAGUUCCAGGAGAAGGGGAACCUGGAGGUCCUGCUCUUCACCAUCCAGAGCAAACUACGGGCCAACAACCGCAAACUCUACGUCCCCAGCGAGGGCAAGAGCAUCUCCGACAUCAAUAAGGCCUGGACCUGCCUGGAGAAGGCAGAGCACGAACGGGAGGUGUCUCUGCGCAACGAGCUGAUCCGGCAGGAGAAGUUGGAGCUGCUGGCCCAACGGUUCGACCACAAAGCCGUCAUGAGGGAGACGUGGUUGAACGAGAACCAACGCUUGGUCUCGCAGGACAACUUCGGCUACGACCUGCCGGCGGGGGAGGCCGCCAUGAAGAAGCACGAGGCCAUCGAGGCCGACAUCUCCUCCUACCAAGAACGCAUCCAGGUGGUGGUGGAGCUGGCCCUGGAGAUGGAGUCCGAGGGCUACUACGACACCAAACGCAUCAGCGCCCAAAAGGACAACAUCCUUCGGCAGUGGGGGCUGUUGACCGAGCUGGUCUGCGCCCGCCGUGCCCGUCUCGAGCAGAACCUGGCCCUGCAGAAGAUCUUCCAGGAGAUGGUCUACAUGAUCGACUGGAUGGAGGAGAUGCAGGUGCUCCUGGUCUCCAAGGAUUUGGGGAAGCAUCUUCUGGAGGUUGAGGACCUGCUGCAGAAGCACGGGCUGCUGGAAGCUGACAUCUCUGCCCAGACAGAGCGGGUGCAAGCGCUCAACGCCGCCGCCCUCAAGUUCUCGGAGCUGGAGGGCUAUCAACCCUGCGACCCCCAGAUCAUCUGCAACCGGGUCAACCACGUCCAGACGUGCCUGGAGGAGCUGGGGGAGCUGGCGGGCAAGAGACGCAAGGAGCUGGAGGAUUCUCGCCAGCUUUGGGCCUUCUUCCAGGAGAUGGAGGAGGCCGAGGCAUGGAUCCGUGAGAAGGAGCAGAUCCUGGCCGCCAAGACGUGCGGCCGGGACCUGAGCAGCGUCUUGACCUUGACCAACAAGCACAAGAGCAUGUUGGGCGAGCUGGGAAGCCGACGGGCGCUGUUGCACCAGACCAUGAAAAGGGGCGAGCAGAUCUUGGCCAAGAAACGCUUCAGCCCCGGUGGGAUCCAGGAGAAGAUGCGGGAGGUUCGCCUCCGCUGGAAGAAGCUGGAGGAGGUGACGGGGUUGCACCAACAGCGGUUGCAGGAGGCCCUCAACUUCUUCCAGUUCAGCGCCGAGACGGACGACUUGGUGGCCUGGUUGCAGGACACCUACCGCAUCGUCUCCAGCGAUGACUUUGGCCAUGAUGACUAUUCCACCCAAGCUCUUCUGCGGAAGCACCGGGCGGUGGUGGAAGAAGUGGAGAAGCACCGGGCGGCCGUGUUGGCCCUCCGGAAACAGUUGGCUCUUCUGGCACCUGAGCAUCGUCAAGGGGUUGACGUGCAGAUCCGGGUGGUGGAGGUGGAGCAGCUCUAUGGGGAGGUGGCUGAGGUGGCCGUGCUGCGGCAGCAGUGGUUGCAGGACGCCUUGGCCGUCUACCGCAUGUUCAGCGAGGUGCACGCCUGCGAGGUCUGGGUGGACGAGAAGGAGCAGUGGUUGGAGAGGAUGGAGGUGCCGGAGGAGCUGGAUGAGGUUGAGGUGGUCCAGCAUAGGUUUGAGAGCCUGGACCAGGAGAUGAACAGCGUCAUGGGACGGAUCUUGGACGUCAACCAGGUGGUGCAGCAGUUGGUGGACGGGGGCCACCCCAGCUCGGAGGAGGUCCGCUCCUGCCAGGACCACCUCAAUAGCAGGUGGAACCGGGUGGUGGAGCUGGUGGAGCGCAAGAAGGGCCAGCUCAGCUCCGUCCUGAAGAUCCAGAACUACCUGCUGGAGUGCGGCGAGAUGAAGGCGCAGGUGCGGGAGAAGAGAAAAGCCAUCGAAGCCACGCAAUCGGGCGGCGGCGACCUGGGCGGCGUGUUGGCCUUGCAACGCCGCCUCUCCACCAUGGAGGCGGCUCUGGUGGUCUUAGAACCUCGGUUGGUGGAGCUUCAACGAGAAGGCGAAGCCUUGGCUGCCUCCCACCCCGGGAGAGCCCUGGAGAUCCUGCUGCCCUUCGAGCAGAUCAGCGAGGAGUGGGAAGCCCUGAAGCGGGCGCUGCAAGGUUGUGAAGACUCUUUGACCGUCGCCGGUCGCUUGCAACAGUUCAUCCAAGACUUGGACAACUUCCUUGGGUGGUUGGUGAAGACACAAGCGGCCGUUGCCUCCGAGGAGGUGCCAGACAGCUUGAGCGAAGCGGAGAGGUUGUUGAACCAACACGCGGCCCUCAAAGAGGAGAUCAACGGCUACGAGGAGGACUACGCCAAGAUCCAAGCGGCCAGCGACUUGUUGGCCUUGGAGGAGACGGAGGUCCCCUACCUCUCGUUGCAGCAGUGGUUGCAGAAGCUGGACGCGGGCUGGGGCAAGUUGCUGCAGAGCUGGGAAACGCGGCGAGAGGUGCUGGUGCAAUCUCACGUCUUCCAUCUCUUCCUCCGGGAUGUCCAGCAAUGCGAGACCAGCCUCUACAACCAGGAGUCCACCCUGGUCCACGCCGAGCUCCCCGACACGGUGGAAGGGGUGAGCAACGCCAUCAAGAAGCACAAGGACUUCACCACCACCAUGGACCUCAACCUGCAGAAGAUCCAACUGGCCCUACAAGCUGGCGAGAGCCUCCAACGGCAAGGCAACCUCUACAGCGACCGCGUGGCCGAGGCGAUGGAGGGUCUCCGUGCCAACUACCGGCAAGGCCGGAAUCCGGCCUCCGCGCUCCGCCCGGCAUCUGCUGCAAGGCUCUGCGGCAUCGCGCCAAAUGCCACCAUCCUCCUCCUCCUCCUCAUCCUCCUCAGCGCCCUGGAGACGGGGGGGGCGGGAGCCGACCUCCUCAGCGUCAGCAGGCAGCUCAAGAGGCUGCAGACGAUGGAGUCGCAGGUGGAGGAGUGGUACAAGGAGGUGGGGGAGCUGCAGGUGCAGGCAGCGGCGCUGCCCGCGCAGGCAGCGGGCAGGCAGGCGGUGGGGGAGCGGCAGAACGCGGUGGGGACCCGCAUCGUCCGCCUGAUCGAGCCCCUCAAGGAACGUCGGCGAAUCCUCUUGGCUUCCAAGGAGGUUCAUCAGGUCAGCCAUGAGCUGGAGGACGAGGUGCUGUGGGUGCAGGACCGCCUGCCCUUGGCCACGCUGAAGGACCACGGCACCAACCUGCAGACGGUCCAGCAGUUCAUCAAGAAGAACCAGAACCUCCGCCGGGAGAUCCAGGUCCACCGUCCUCGCGUGGACGAGGUGCUGGAACGCGCCGGAGCCGUUGCCUCCAUCAAAAGCCCCGAAGCUGAAGGGGUCCGACGUCUUCUGGAGCGGUUGGGGACGAUGUGGGAGGAGCUACAGGAGCAGGCAGAGCGCAGGCAGCAAAGUUUGGAUGCCACCUACCAGCUGGAGCAAUAUUACUUCGACGUGGCCGAGGUGGAGUCGUGGUUGGGCGAGCAAGAGCUGCUGUUGAUGAGCGAGGAGAAGGGGAAGGAUGAGCAGAGCACCCUACAACUCCUCAAGAAACACCUCCUGACGGAGCAAACGGUGGAGAACUACGAGGAGACCAUCGCCCAACUCUCCCGCCAAUGCCGUGCCCUUCUAGAGCUUGGCCACCCUCAAAGCGAACAGGUCAGCAGGCGGCAGUCGCAGGUUGACCGGCUGUACGUGUCUCUGAAGGACUUGGUGGAGGAACGCAAGGCCAAGUUGGAGCAGCAAUAUUGGCUCUACCAGCUCAACCGCGAGGUGGACGAGCUGGAGCAUUGGAUCGCCGAAAAGGAGGUGGUGGCCGGCUCACCGGAGCUGGGACAGGACUUCGAACACGUCACGCUACUCCAGGAGAAAUUCCUGGAGUUCGCCAGCGAGACGGGCAGCGUCGGGCAGGAACGGAUCGCCGCCGUCAACCAAAUGGUGGACGAACUGAUCGACUACGGGCACGCCGACGCCGCCACCAUCGCCGAAUGGAAGGACGGGGUGAACGAAGCUUGGGCAGACCUUCUGGAGCUGAUGGAGACCCGGGCCCAGAUGUUGGCGGCUUCCCACGAAUUGCACAAGUUCUUCAACGAUUGCAAAGAGGUUUUGGGGCAAAUCGAGGAGAAAAGGCAACGCCUGCCUGAACUGGCAGCCCGUGAGGGCAGGACGUCGGCCGGCGCCUUGCAACGGGCGUUGGGUGCCUUCGAGCACGACGUGGAGGUGUUGGUGACCCAAGUCCGGCAGCUCCAAGAGGGUGCGGCACAGCUGAGGACCCUCUAUGCCGGGGACAACGCCGAGGCCAUCGCCGGGAGGGAGCAGGAGGUGCUACGGGCGUGGAAGGAGCUCUUGGCGGCGUGUGAGGAGUGCCGGCUCCAUGUCGCCAGCGUCGCCGAUAAGAUCCGCUUCGUCGGCACCGUGAGAGACCUUCUCGCCUGGAUGGACGGCGUCCUCUGCCAGAUCGGCGCCGGAGAGAAGCCCAGAACCAUGUCCUGGCCCAUCCGUGUGCUGGAGGUGCACCAGUUCGCCCAGGAGGCGGUGGUGGCCGACGCGUGGCUGACGGCCCAGGAGCCCCUGCUGAAGAGCCAGGAGCUGGGCAGCAGCGUGGACGAGGUGGAGCAGCUGAUCCGGCGGCACGAGGCUUUCCGUAAGGCGGCCGCCGCUUGGGAGGAGAGGUUCAGCUCCCUGAGACGGCUCACCACGCCCAAAGCCACGCUGGCCGACAUCGUGGAGCAGCUGCAGGAGAAGGAGGCGGGUGGCCCCUUGCCGGCUCCGGGCUUGGGAUGUCCAUUAGUGGUGAAGGUUCACCAAGGUCUGGAGAUCCAUCAAUGGUCCUGGGUGAACCUCUACUGCGUCCUGAGCAAGGGCGACCUGGGCUUCUACAAGGACGCCAAGGGCCAAGCGGCGGGCAGCACCCACGGCGGCGAACCUCUCCUCAACCUCCACCACUCCACCAGCGAGGUGGCCAGCGACUACAAGAAGAAGAAGAACGUCUUCAAGCUCAAUUUUACAGUUUUACCGGCCAAACGCCGGAACCGGCACAGCGUGGCGGGGCCGCAGAUCGCCGCCCGGUUACCGACGCAGAGCCCCGCCCCGGUGCGACGCAGUAACACCAUGCCCCCCAAUUUGGGUAACGCCGGUUUGUUGGGGCGCUUGUUGGAGGACCGAACCCUCACCCCCGCCGGUAAGAACGGUACAACCGGGCGGUUUCUCCGGUUUUACCCGAGCGAACCGGGAGCGGUGCGGAUCGUCUGCGGGCAUCACAACUGGAUCGCGGUGGCUUACGCCCAGUUCCUCGUUUGCUAUAGGAUGAAGGAGACAUCGGGGUGGCAACAGGUCUUCUCCAGCCCGCGCUUGGACUGGGUGAUCGAGCGGGUGGCCCUCAACGCCAAGGUGCUCGGCGGAGCCUUGGGUGACCACGACAAGAUGGUGGCGGUGGCGUCCUGCAGCGAGAUCAUCCUCUGGGCCCUGCAAGCCGACGGCAACGGCAGCGAGAUCGGCGUCUUCCACCUGGGAGUGCCGGUGGAAGCCCUCUUCUUCGUGGGGAACCAACUCAUCGCCACCAGCCACACCGGCAAAAUCGGCGUCUGGAACGCCGUCACCAAGCACUGGCAGAUCCAAGACGUCGUCCCCAUCAACAGCUACGACGCCGCCGGCACCUUCCUCCUCCUCGGUUGCAACAACGGCUCCAUCUACUACGUGGACGUUCAGAAGUUCCCCCUGCGCAUGAAGGACAACGAUCUCCUGGUGACGGAGCUCUACCGCGACCCCACCGAAGACGCCGUCACCGCCCUCAGCGUCUACCUCACCCCCAAAACCAGUGACAGCGGGAACUGGAUCGAGAUCGCCUACGGCACCAGUUCCGGUGUGGUGCGGGUCAUCGUGCAGCACCCCGAAACCGUGGGCUCCGGUCCUCAACUCUUCCAAACCUUCACCGUCCACCGCAGCCCCGUCACCAAAAUCAUGCUUUCGGAGAAACACCUCAUCUCCGUUUGUGCCGAUAACAACCACGUCCGGACCUGGACGGUGACUCGUUUCCGCGGGAUGAUUUCCACCCAACCCGGCUCGACGCCGUUGGCUUCCUUCAAAAUCCUCUCCCUGGAUGAUCUGGACGGUCCCGCCGGCUGCGGCGCCGGCACCGAUAUCGGACCCUUCGGCGAGCGGGAUGAGCAGCAGGUCUUCAUCCAAAGAGUGGUGCCGGAUGCGUGCCAGGUCUUCGUCCGGCUUUCCUCCACCG